CAAGUGCCAACUGCCAACAGCCAUCUGCCAAUUUGCCAUGCUAUUGCUAAUCGAAAAAAAUUGAUCUACCAUCGUUUUACCAAUAAUAAUAGAAUAUUGUAGAUUUUAUUAGUCAUAAUAUUUGAUUUCAUUUACUGAAUCAAUCUCUAACAUUACUUUAGAUAGUUAUUGUGAGUUUAAAUGUGUUAAAAUUCAGUUUCUUAAUCAUUUUAUGGAGGGCAAAAGUUUAGUUUAGAACCGAAAGACAAAUAUGGAAUUGUUGCAGGGCGUCGAAAGCGCUGCAUUGUCUGGGAUGGUCACCAUGGCGACGGUGCCGGGCGUGGGUGCAGGCGCGGGCGCGGGCGUGGUCAUGGCCACCGGUUUCCUCGGUGCACCCGUGUACGACCUCCGGCAGGUGGGCGACGUGUACACAGGUAGGUGCGUGUGCGAGCAGUCUGGUGCGCGCGCGUGUGGCGGCGACCUAACGAGAGCGUGCGCAGGUCCGGGCGCCAAGUGCUCGACGCUCCCGGCUAUCCUCGGAGGCACGCUACCGCGCUUGUCAACAGAGCAGGCGGAUGCGGUGGCCCGGGCCAAGAAGUACGCUAUGGAGCAGAGUAUCAAGAUGGUACUUAUGAAGCAGACACUGGCGCACCAGCAGCAGCAGAUGGCGACGCAGCGCACGCAGGUGCAACGGCAGCAGGCGCUAGCUCUCAUGUGCAGAGUAUAUGUGGGGUCGAUUUCAUUCGAGCUGAAGGAAGAUACGAUUAGGCAAGCGUUUUUGCCAUUCGGACCCAUUAAAUCCAUUAACAUGUCAUGGGAUCCUGUGACGCAGAAACACAAAGGUUUUGCUUUCGUGGAGUAUGAAAUACCAGAAGCGGCACAACUCAGCCUCGAGCAGAUGAACGGGGUUAUGCUCGGGGGAAGGAAUAUAAAGGUGGUAGGACGUCCGUCUAAUAUGCCACAAGCGCAGGCGGUAAUUGACGAAAUUCAAGAAGAAGCUAAACAAUAUAACCGUAUCUAUGUGGCUUCCAUACAUCCAGAACUCACCGAGGACGAUAUAAAAAAUGUUUUCGAGGCGUUCGGACCGAUCACGUACUGCAAAUUAGCAUAUGGCGCGUCGGCGCACAAACACAAAGGAUAUGGAUUCAUAGAAUAUGCCACGCUACCCGCCGCUCUCGAGGCCAUCGCUUCCAUGAACCUAUUCGACCUUGGAGGUCAAUACUUACGUGUGGGGCGAGCCAUUACUCCUCCCAACGCACUGGCUGGCCCCCCCCAGGCGUCCGCGAUGCCCACCGCUGCCGCCGUGGCCGCCGCCGCUGCGACCGCCAAGAUCCAAGCCAUGGACGCGGUGGCCAGUAACGCAGUCGCGCUUGGCCUCACCAAGCUCAACGCUCUCGGCUUGUCACCGGCAGCCGCGCUGCCUUCACUGGCAGCUGCGCUACCUGUCGCGCUCCCGGCCGCAUUGCCGGCGGCACUUCCAGCCGCGCUUCCUGCCGUCCUGCCAGGUGCCAUACCAGCAGCACUGCCAGGAGCAUUGCCUGUGGCGAUCCCGGCAGCCUUACCGGGUGCGUUACCCACGACGCUGGCAGGCGGCGUGAGUGCGGCGCUGCCGGCUCAAGUCAUCCCACCGCCUGGUGUAGUGAUACCGCCACCACCACGAGCACGGGGCCCGACAGCGGCGGAAACUGCUGCAGCGGUUGAAGGUGGCGUUCAGCAAGCGGCGCUACAACGUAAAUUACUGGAUAGCUCGCCAGAUACGCUACAGCAGCAAGAGUCGCUAUCAAUAUCCGGUCAGUCCGCGCGGCACCUCGUCAUGCAGCGCUUGAUGCGGCGUCGCGCUUCUCGCACGGUGCUUCUGUGCAAUAUGGUGUCAGCCGAGGAGGUGGAUGAAGCGUUGCAUCACGAGAUUCAGGAGGAGUGCUCGAAAUGGGGUCGAGUGGAUCGACUCGUGAUAUACAACGAGCGGCAAAACGAGGACGAUGACCCCGCACACGCCAACGUCAAGAUCUUUGUACAAUUCGCCGAGCCUGAAGAGGCGGGCGCGGCAGCGGGCGCGCUGGACGGGCGCUACUUCGGCGGCCGAACGGUGCGCGCCGCGCUCUACGACCAGGACCUCUUUGACCACGGAGACCUCUCGGGGUAGACUUCACAUCGCAACGUCUCGCCUCACAUUCUUAGUUUUAAUAUAACGAUACGCCCCUC